AUGUAUCCUGAUCGCAUCGAGCCGGGCUUGCUGGAAGAUGUGGUGGGGAGAGAGGAGACUGUAACUCUUCCGCGAAAGAGCUGGAAGUAUUCUACGCGGGCAGACUUUGCCCAUCUGAUGACCCUACAGGUCCUCGUGUUGAGAGAGCUGAUGGAGAGUCUUUAUCGGAAAAUAGGUAUGAGAGGUUCUGGACCUCGACUCUACUUUCCUGUGGCCACGCACAGGCAGUCAUAUCAUAUCGGCGGUCAGAAGUAUGCAGCCAGGCCUGAUGGCGCUGUCAUGAUUCGUACUCAGGACCGAAACCUUCCUAUUUUAUCUUUCACGAGCUGGUUUCAUGAUCAGACGUGGGGAGAGUUUCUGGGACAGACUCUGAGUAUCAUGCUAGGCCAGCUUGCAUGCAAUGUUAAACUAGGCCUACGCGAUCAAGAGAUGUUUGUUCUUGGUUUCUACAAACGGCCAAUCUUUUUUGCUCGCGGGUUCUUUACAAAAGAUCAGAUAUUGCGCGUCCAUUCAAAGGGGUGCUCGGCUGAUGAAACCUUCACUAUAGCCUUUACACGAGGAUAUGACCUGUCCUCCAAGAAGGACUGGGAUGAGGCUGUAGGGAAACUGGUUGGGUUGCUCAGAUAUUUUCUCAGUGGGAAUGCACAAAUAGGUGGAAUGCAGGCUUUCUUGGACAAAUAA